AUGGAGAACACGGGGAAAGCGUAUCAACGAGAGGACAUGGACAAAAUCUUGGCCACCUUCAAGAAGUGGGAUGCGAAUGGCAACGGGUCAAUCUCCAAGAGUGAACUUUCCAACAUCUUGGAUCACAUUGGCGUUGCAGGGAAAGACAGGCAAAGUAUUUUCAACUCCAUAGACACCUCUGGCAAUGAGAGAAUAGAGUAUGAGGAGUUUGUGCAAUGGUUAUAUGGCACGAUGUGUCCUUUGCCAGUCCUCGCCAACGCUCUGGCCGAUCGGUAUCAAGUUUUUGUUGACAGCAUCAGGCUAGACCUAGAGGAUGACCCAUCGUUUUCUGGAUGGUUCCAUGAUGCAUCCACAAUUCGGCCAUUCCUCUUGUUUUCUGAUAGCCUUACGAAGAAGCGAUACUUCCAGUCGAGCGAAGGCCUCGGGUUGAAGAGUCGUAUGAGCUUCGACAACAAGACAAAGCACGAGGUUUGGAAAUUUGAACUUUGCGACGGGCAAGGAGUUGAUAUCGAGAUAUGUCUGCCCAAGGCCAUGCAAUCUCUUCGAGGGCAUCAUGUCAUCGGAAAGGCAAUGCUGACGCUGGACUCCAUCGGAGCACAGAUUGCUCGUGGUCUAGGCAGUGCAGCAGUUUUGCUUGAAGUCUUUGCUGCCAGCAAGGGACUAACCGACGCGACGGAGGAGAAGGGCGAAGAGAACCCGAACCCCACGGUUUCUACAAGCGGAGCAGCUGCUGGAAGCGUCUCUCCGAGGUCGAGGAGGCUGAUCGCCCGGUUGAACUUGAACCUGACAGCCCUAGGACCUUUGUGGGCAAAGCGAAAUGUAUCUGUUUGGAGACAGUCCGGCUUGCCUGAUCUGGAUCUUGAAGGCAUCAGCAAGGUUCUCCAAGCUCUGUCAGUAGAGCCAGAUCGCACGCUGCUGAACGAAGCCUUGCAGAUGGCCGAGGCGUUCUUGGCGAACAGACUGCAACCCUUCCGCUCUUGGACGGGCAGUACGGCAGAGAAAGAGCUGAAGGAAGUGUUGAGUUGGCUCAAGAAAAACCGAUUCACACUGGACUCCUCCUCAGAACUGCGGAAGCAUUCAUCCAAGGAGUUUGAACAGCUGGGAGAAAGACUAGCGGCUGGCGUGUUGUCGGCAUCGCUGGAAGGAGAGGUGGCAGAUCAUGAGCUGAUGCGUUCUGCCUUGACCUUUGCCUGUGCAGUCGAUCCCCACCUGCCGGAGGUUCGGCAUGUGGAGGAAACAUUCAAGAGCAUGAUGCGGUUCCCUCGUAACAUCAAGUUGCAUGAUCUUCUCCAUGCGUCCGAGGCAGACCUGACGCAAGCUGAUCCCAAGCAGCUUGGUUUGGACCUUGCCACGGACGGCACGCUGCCAUCUAUUCAGGACGAUGUGAGGUUCGGUGUGCGCGACGACACUGCUGAACGAGUCCUUUCGUUGCUCGGGAACAAGACUCAGCUCGAUUAUCGCAAAGGGGUCACCUACGCCAGAGUUGCAAUGGAAACCAUCGGACGCAGCGACUUCAUGCUCCCGAUGCUGCUGCAGACCCUGAUGGCGGAAGUCAGGUUCUUCAGGGGGGAGAAGGCAUUCUGCUCUCGUUCAGUACCGGAGCUCUUAGCGGCCCAGUCUCGCGACAGAGAAGCCCUGCUGGGGCGCUUUGACGUCAUCGCAGCCCCUGUGCGUGCAGACUAUAGUGACAAGUUCGUGCCCCUGGCUAAAGCCACUCCCCCCGUGAAGUUCUUUGGGGAUGACCUGAAAGAGCCGAUCGGAGGUCCUGGAUGGUUCUGGAUUUUUCAUGCCGCAGCAAUCAACAUUGGAGAGAGCGAGGCAGCGGAUGAUUUCCCUGAGUACUCCGUGCCACCAGAUCCCUCCUACAGAGGGCGUCGUGGGCAUAACCGCUGGCUAGAUGAGGAUCGCUAUGUCUCUGACAUGGGGCUUUUGUGGCAUCGCGUGCUACAUGCUGCUAGCCACAUGGGCAUUGAGGAUAUGAUUCUUUUCCCAUUCGGAAUGGGAGCAUUUCUGCGAAACUUGCACAAACUGGACAACAGAUAUUCUGAUGCUGCUGCCAUGCGAGGUCUGCGCUACAGAAUAGCAAGUGCUUUGUUCGAUGCAGCUGUGCUCCUGUGUCUGGACGAUCAAGCAGACGCGGGAUCGAAAGUCCAAAUGCGUCUCCACCUCUGUCUGGUCGACUGUUCGCUCGAGAGCCGCUCCAACCACAACGUGUUUAUCGAGGCAGCAGCGGCCAAGGUGGCGCAAAGCCCCGCUCUCGCUGCGGCUCUGCACUUCCACCGCAAUUGUGACGCACUGGAAUUGGCACGGCAGUUGGCAGAGAAGAUGCCUUUGUCCGGGCGGGCAGAGUUAGAUGUUUCGGUGCGUAAAGUUGGUCUCCUGAAUGGUGCCAACAACAAGCAGCUGGGAAAUCAUUGGUUCGGUCACGGGGCAAGGAGUGCUAUCGAUGAGAACCUGCACCGUCGAUCCGGCGCAAUGUGUGCAUCAUCUUUGCUAGUGAACUUGUCGACUGAGCCACGGUUUAGGAGUGCGGAGGAGCUUGCCACCCAUGUUCAUGCGACUGGUGGGAAAUGUAUCGACUUGUUACCGUUCCCCGUCAAGACGGGAAAGGCACGUUCAGGAAGUCGCAUCGUUGCCAAAGUGAGGGUGGUGCCUUACGGCAUUCUGGGUUCCCAGUUGUCUCAUGGCCAGUUGAGAGUGGCAGCAGCUGAACCGGGUGCGGGAGAGGUGGUCGUUGAUCCUGCUGGCCUGCCUUACAUAAGAAGUGGACCCUCCGGUGCUGGAGGCGCAUCAGGUCAGCUUUACAAAUGGAUCGGUAUAUCCAGCCACUUCCCGCAGAGCGUACAAGAUGCGAUCACGCAGUCAUUGCAAGCCAAGUUCUGUUCCUAUGACAAUGGCCAGAAAAAUGUCAUACAUGUGGUCGGGCCCGAUUUUCGAUCGAGGAGAAGCAACAUCUGGGCGGAUGCAGUCGAUGAGUUAGCGAAGGCCCUUGCUCCGGACUGUACCUGGAUUUUUGAACUGCCGCUUGAUGGCUCGAGGUCGCCAAGAUUUUAUUUUGAUGUAGAUGCGAGUGAUGACAACGCUUUUCUUGUUCUCUUGAGCUGA